GUAUCUAUGAGACUCCGGCGGGAACCAUCCUCCACUCCGCUCAUUUAGACCUCGAGGCCCUCACCACCGACCGCGAGGUGAGGAACAUCAAGCGAGGACUGGCCGCCAAGUUCGGAGAGCUGGUUUACAACGGCUUCUGGUUCAGCCCCGAGGGCGAAUUCAUCCGCCGUUGCAUCGACCAUUCCCAAGACCUGGUGGAGGGGAAGGUCCAGCUCUCUGUCUUGAAGGGUAACGUGUACAUUUUAGGAAGGGAAUCGCGCCAAUCCCUGUACAAUGAAGAACUCGUAAGCAUGGAUGUUCAAGGGAGCUAUGAACCCUCGGAUGCCACUGGAUUCAUCAACAUCAAUUCCCUUAGGCUGAAAGAAUAUCAUCGGCUCCCCGACAAGGUCAGCCUGGCUGAGGAUUAAUGGCAAUCAAGUGGCCCAAAAGCAACUCAUUCUGCUAAUUUCUUCCCAGCUCUCGUCCUCUGGGUCACAACUGGGAAUGUUCUCGACCCGU